CGCUGCUUCUGGGCCCGGCCCUCUCCGUAGGCUACAAAGUCGCCAGUCCAGGUCCUCUCAGUGGCUUAGCCGCAGGCAUGGCGCGCGCAUCAGGCUCCGAGAGGCACCUGCUGCUCAUCUACACUGGCGGCACUUUGGGCAUGCAGAGCAAGGGCGGGGUGCUCGUCCCCGGCCCAGGCCUGGUCACUCUGCUGCGGACCCUGCCCAUGUUCCAUGACAAGGAGUUCGCCCAGGCCCAGGGCCUCCCUGACCAUGCUCUGGCGCUGCCCCCUGCCAGCCACGGCCCCAGGGUCCUCUACACGGUGCUGGAGUGCCAGCCCCUCUUGGAUUCCAGCGACAUGACCAUCGAUGAUUGGAUUCGCAUAGCCAAGAUCAUAGAGAGGCACUAUGAGCAGUACCAAGGCUUUGUGGUUAUCCACGGCACCGACACCAUGGCCUUUGGGGCCUCCAUGCUGUCCUUCAUGCUGGAAAACCUGCACAAACCAGUCAUCCUCACUGGCGCCCAGGUGCCAAUCCGUGUGCUGUGGAAUGACGCCCGGGAAAACCUGCUGGGGGCGUUGCUUGUGGCCGGCCAAUACAUCAUCCCUGAGGUCUGCCUGUUUAUGAACAGUCAGCUGUUUCGGGGAAACCGGGUAACCAAGGUGGACUCCCAGAAGUUUGAGGCCUUCUGCUCCCCCAAUCUGUCCCCACUAGCCACUGUGGGCGCGGAUGUCACAAUUGCCUGGGACCUGGUGCGCAAGGUCAACUGGAAGGACCCGCUGGUGGUGCACAGCAACAUGGAGCACGACGUGGCACUGCUGCGCCUCUACCCUGGCAUCCCGGCCUCCCUGGUCCGGGCAUUCCUGCAGCCCCCGCUCAAGGGCGUGGUCCUGGAGACCUUCGGCUCUGGCAACGGGCCGAGCAAGCCCGACCUGCUGCAGGAGUUGCGGGCCGCGGCCCAGCGCGGCCUCAUCAUGGUCAACUGCAGCCAGUGCCUGCGGGGGUCUGUGACCCCGGGCUAUGCCACGAGCUUGGCGGGCGCCAACAUCGUGUCCGGCUUAGACAUGACCUCAGAGGCCGCGCUGGCUAAGCUGUCCUACGUGUUGGGCCUGCCGGAGCUGAGCCUGGAGCGCAGGCAGGAGCUGCUGGCCAAGGAUCUUCGCGGGGAAAUGACACUGCCCACGGCAGACCUGCACCAGUCCUCUCCGCCGGGCAGCACACUGGGGCAAGGUGUCGCCCGGCUCUUUAGUCUGUUCGGUUGCCAGGAGGAAGAUUCGGUGCAGGACGCCGUGAUGCCCAGCCUGGCCCUGGCCUUGGCCCAUGCUGGUGAACUCGAGGCUCUGCAGGCACUUAUGGAGCUGGGCAGUGACCUGCGCCUAAAGGACUCUAAUGGCCAAACCCUGUUGCAUGUGGCUGCUCGGAAUGGGCGUGAUGGCGUGGUCACCAUGCUGCUGCACAGAGGCAUGGAUGUCAAUGCCCGAGACCGAGACGGCCUCAGCCCACUGCUGUUGGCUGUACAGGGCAGGCAUCGGGAAUGCAUCAGGCUGCUGCGGAAGGCUGGGGCCUGCCUGUCCCCCCAGGACCUGAAGGAUGCAGGGACCGAGCUGUGCAGGCUGGCAUCCAGGGCUGACAUGGAAGGCCUGCAGGCAUGGGGGCAGGCUGGGGCCGACCUGCAGCAGCCGGGCUAUGAUGGGCGCAGCGCUCUGUGUGUCGCAGAAGCAGCCGGGAACCAGGAGGUGCUGGCCCUUCUGCGGAACCUGGCACUUGUAGGCCCGGAAGUGCCGCCUGCCAUCUGAUCGCCAGCAAUCCCGCUGUGGUGUGAGCCACUCCGCCAUCUGCUGCUUUGACCCACUCGAGGGACCCUAGCACACGACCCCCCAGCAGGAUGCACCCCACUACUUAGAGUAUACCCCAGGCUGGCUCAGUGACAAGCUGCAAAGGUCUUUGUUGGCAGAACAGCAAUAAAGUAACUACAGAGUGGCCACCUCCCAGGCCCCCUGA